GAGCCCAGGCGGGCCGCGGCAAGCGCCCGGCUGCUCCGACCCCCGCCGCCGCGCCCUCCCCGCCGCCGCGCCCCCGCUCGGCCCGCUCCCAACGGAAAGUUGGGCUGCGGCGGGCGGCGUUUGGAAACCGCGAGCGAUCGGGCAGGAGAGCGGCUGGGGGGGGCGCCUAGGGCACCGGGAGGCGCGCCGCGAGGGGCCAACUUCGCCCGGGAACCCGCGCCGCCGGCCCCGAGCCUGGAGCCCCCGAGCGGGCUCGCGGUGGUUCUUCCCGUCCCUCGGCCUCCCCCCCGCCGAUUCGAGACGCGGACCUUGGUCCCGGCGGCUCCGCGGCGGUGACACGAGCCCGCGCCGCCGCCUCAGCCCCCGCCGCCUCCUCAGCCCCGCCACCGCCGCCGCCGCCUUUCCCGCACUAUGGAGUUCUCGGAGAGGAAAAGAAGCAGGAAAUCCCAGAGCUUCAAACUGGUGAGCCAAGAUUAUCACCAGGAGGUUUAUAAGAUCUCAGAAUUCAGCAACGAUGUUAAUGGGGAGGCCAAAGAGACACAACCCAUUUUUUUAGGAGAUGAAAGCAUGGAAAUUAAAAAACAAAUUACAGGGAUGAGAAGAUUACUGAAUGACAGCACUGGGAGGAUAUAUCAGCGUGUUGGCAAAGAAGGAGAAAAACUAAAAGAAGAGCCCCAGGAUUUGGAUUUAGUCUGGCCUCAGCGUUUGAACUCUUCUGCUGUGGCCCCACAGAGCCUCCAUUCUUCUUCACGUGGUGUGUGGAAUGAGCUAUCACCCCAAAGUGGGCAGUUCUCAGGGCAGUAUGGCACCCGUUCUAGAACCUUCCAGAGUCAGCCCCACACCACUGCAAACUCCAACGGAGAACUUCCAAUGGUGAAUUCGUCAGUUGGAUCAAACUGCUGUACUUGUAACUGCCAGUCAACGUUGCAGGCCAUUCUCCAAGAACUCAAGACCAUGAGGAAAUUAAUGCAAAUUCAAGCAGUUGGAACUCAAAACAGACAACAACCCCCAAUUUCCCUUAUAUGCUCCCAGCGAACUGCUGUCUCACGCAAGAGAAAUAAAAAGAAAAAAGUGCCCCCAAAGACGGUUGAACCUGUUACUGUGAAACAGAAGCCCAGUGUGUUAGAAAUUGAGAAGAAGCCAGCAGCAGGGGCCUUGGAGCCCUCUGGUCCCCAAGCCUCAGAGCUCACCUCCACCAAGGACAGCCACGUCCUGGGAUUCGGCAUUGUUCUUGAAUCACCUUCCUCAGAUCCAGAAGUGCAACUUGCUGAAGGCUUUGAUGUGUUUAUGCCUAAGUCUCAGCUGGACUCUAUACUGUCAAACUACACUCGCUCAGGAAGCCUUCUGUUUAGAAAACUGGUGUGUGCAUUUUUUGAUGACAAGACUUUGGCUAACUCCUUACCCAAUGGGAAGAGGAAAAGAGGACUCAAUGACAACCGGAAAGGACUAGACCAAAAUAUUGUGGGUGCAAUAAAAGUCUUCACAGAAAAGUACUGUACUGCUAACCAUGUGGAUAAACUUCCUGGCCCAAGAGACUGGGUACAGAUUCUACAGGAUCAAAUUAAACUGGCCAGAAGAAGGUUAAAAAGAGGCUCAGCAGAGGUAGCUGACGGUGAUGAAAGACUGGACGGCAUUUCUCUACCACCAACAGUGGUCUGAUAAACUACUGUGGAUAAACCAGGGCUUUUGUUUUUCUGCAACAUAUGCUUAAAAAUUUGUCUUCUGCCUCCCAGAAUGAAAUAUUUCUCAAGGUAAUAGAAAAGAUUAAUUAGUGACCUUUCACUCUAUUAAACUAUGAUGAAUAUGUCUCUAAUAAAGGUAGAAACAUUUACUCACAACUGUGGAUCUGUUAAAUAUGCACCAUGAACCUUCAGAAGCACUUCCUUCCAAGCCUGGGUGACAGCUUGGAAUUUUCAGUACUUGAGGAGGGAGAGGGAAUAUUCAAUUCACAGAUAUGUGCAGUGGAUUCACAAAUUGGAAAUACAGCUUGGGAGGCUGCUGUAUCAAAACUGUAACCACAAUAUCAUAUUUUAUAAAUUAAAAUUGUUUUGUGUUAACUUACUGUGACUACUGUUCAGACUUUGUUCAGAAAUCCUUUUUAUAGGCUUUCUUAGCAAAAAAAAAAAAAAUCCUAUCUGUGGAUAAUGUCUCAAUCUUCUGUAUAUAUGUUUUAUUAAUAUGUAAAUAUUCUGAUUUUUUAAAAUUACUAUGUUCUUUAAGAAAGAAUUCAAUGCAAGGCUAGUUGUGAAAAUGGUGUAUAACAUUGUGUUGUGAUAUCAGCUCCCAAGAUGCUCUUUAUGUCUGUUCUGGAAGAAUACAAUAAAUUACUUUAAUUGAA